AUGUCGUUCUUCUCGAUGCAGUGCUUCCGCAGAACAUUGGUUUGGGCCAACGGAAUCGAGCUGACCGAGCAGGAAGCGGAGCUGUACGACCGGCGGAUUCGCCUCUGGGAACUCGACUCGCAGAAACGACCUCGCGCCGCCCGCGUAGUGCUCGCCAGUUUAAACGAUCAACGGAACAGAUCGCCGAAACAUCAUCCUGUCGACGUCAAGGAGGCGGAUUUUUGCUCGCAAUUUUUGGCCCCGCAAACCGCACUGGGAACGAACCGUGGUGAGGCAUCGCUCGGUCGCGCCCAGCAUCUAAACCCGAUGGUGGAGCUGAAGGCGGACACGGAAAAGCUGGAAGAGCAUCCGGACAUCUUGCGGCGCAUCAAGAAGGACAUCGAAAAGAGUCUUCCGGCCAAGGUGGAGCAGAUCCUGCGCGUCGAAAUGACCUCCUCACCAAGACGCGCUGCGCAAGGGCAACACAUUCCCCAACAUUGUGAUCGAGCUGAAAACCAUGCGCUGUUGACCCGGCCCACGGAGUUUGAAACGCAAACCUACCAAGACGAAGUGGUCGUUCAGCUGCUGAAAGGUUCCGCGUUUGGAUGCAUUAAAGGUAGAAUCAGCUGAACGAGCUGCAGGCCCAGGCGUGAGCGCAUCGAAUCGGUCAGAAGAACCAGGACGACAUUCACCGGCUCGUGACGGCCAAAUCCGUCGAGGAGGAAUUUGUGGAGCGAGCGAAAAAGAAGAUGGUGCUCGACCACUUGGUCAUCCAGCGGAUGAACACGACGGGGCGGACCUUGCUGGACAAGAACGGCGAUAUAUAGUUUGGCGCGGAAGAGUUGUUUAAGGAGGACGAAGACGGGGACGACGAGUUGGUUUGUGAUAUCGAUGAGAUUUGGAAGCGGGCCGAGACGAGGAACGAAGCGUCGGAAAUCCUGUU